AUGGAGGCUAACGGAGCGACCGCAAGGGACCGUGCGAUCCAAUUCUACAAAAGCAUCGCUCCCGAGCCGGCGAAACCCGGCGAGGCGACCGAAGCAUACAAAGACAUCGACGAGCUGACCUAUCAUCUAUCAAGAAUACCAACAUUUACACCACGGCCACUGAAGAUCAUCGCGGUCGGAGCUGGGUUUAGUGGACUGGCGCUGGCCCGAGCUGUUCACGUCGGCAAAUUGAAGAAUGUGACCAUCACAAUCUAUGAGAAAAACGCUGGACAUAAUCUCUGCGGAUAUGUCAAAACCGGACAUAAGGUUAUAGGCGCCAGAUGGCUUGAAGACCGUCAGACUUGGCGAAUAACGGUAAACAAGACUGACGGCAGGGACCUUGUGAUUUCGAGCCCUGGCGUUUCAGACGGGGAGACUGAGACUGUGUUUGAUGAUAAGUGUGAUGUUUUCAUUAACUGUUCUGGUUUUUUCAAUAACUGGAAAUGGCCUCGCGUAGCAGAUCGGUCCAAAUUCCAGGGCAAACUAUAUCACACAGCAGCCUGGCCUCAGGAUGGAGAGAGUAACCUCGAUGGCAAGACAGUGGCUCUGAUUGGUAACGGUAGUAGCGGUGUACAGGUUCUUCCUUCUAUCAUUGACCGCGUAAAAAAGGUUUAUGUCCAUAUCAGAAGCCCAACUUGGAUCACUACCAGCUUUGCUGCACGGUUCGCUGGUCCAGGAGGCGCAAACUAUGAGUACACGGAAGAACAGAAAGCCAGUUGGGCUGCAGACCCUGCCGCAUACCUGGAAUAUCGCCGCCAAAUCGAAGGAGAGCUCAACAUCCGGUUUGGGCUGUAUAUUGAUAACACACCGGAACAAAAGGCGGCCCGGGAGUUUGGUAUCGCGGAGAUGACAUCCAAGCUGAGAGCUGGAGGCAAGGAAGAAUUGCUCAAAGCGAUGCUCCCUGACUUUGCUGUCGGAUGUCGGCGCACGACACCUGGCAAUGGCUAUCUUGAAGCCCUAUGCCACCCGAAAUGCGAAGUCGUCUGGGGCAAGGUCGAAGCUUUCACCACGGACGGGCUGAGGACUUCUGGUGGUACCACCACCAGCGGAGUCGACGCCAUAAUCUGUGCCACGGGUUUCGACCUGUCCUGUGCCCCAAGGUUUCCGAUCAUCGGCCGCAAUGGCGUCAACCUGCGUGACGAAUGGCUAAAGAAUCCGCAUGCCUACCUUUCCGUUACUGCAACUGAUAUGCCGAAUUAUUUCACCAUCAUGGGCCCGUAUUCUCCACUUGGCCACGGCAGUAUUGUGACUGCCAUCGAGAUGGUGACUAAAUAUAUCUGUGACCUAGUUCAUAAGCUUCAGACACAGAACUACAGCUAUGUCGUCCCCAAGGCACAUAUCGCCGCCGCUUACCAAAAGCACGCACUCGCCUGGCUGCGUCGAACAGCCUGGGCAAGCCAUUGUGCCAGCACGUAUAAGAAUGGAACUGUCGAUGGCGAAUUGAACAGUCUGCACCCCGGAAGCCGACUUCAUUUCUUCGAGCUGCUGUCAACUCCCAGAUAUGAGGACUUUGAGUGGCAGAGUCUAUGCUCCAAAGAUCUGACCUUUGCUUGGCUAGCCACUGGAUUUACGGCAAGAGAGCGAAACCCGACUAACGAUACUGAUUUGACGUAA